AUCUCGCGAGAACAUGUGGAAAUACCGCUCCUCUCAGCGGCCAUGCGUAAAUCUCGCGAGAACAUUUUCGAAACGUUCCGGAAUCCGAGUCAGAACAGGAAAGGGCUAUGUCCCAAACCGAGUCGUGUUUCCUGUACAUAAAAAAGCGUACUAUGGCGCUAACGUGUCCGCCAUCUUGGGCACCGAAAUAGUGAACCCGCCUCCGCGCGUAACGUCAUCGAGUGAUUGAGGAAAAUGUUUAGGUUUCUUUACGAGGCGGUGAUUUGAGACGCGGCCGCGGUUGGAGACACAGGGAGUUGUCGAUUCGGCCCUAAGUUUUUUCCGCCGGACCGAGCAACAAACAAAAGUUGUGUUUUUUAUUUUUAUUUUUUUAUGUGUUUAUUGUUUGCCGUUGGCUUUACUCGCGCGGGUUGGAAUGAAAUGCUGCCGCGUCGGUGACUCGAAAGAUCCCGUGGAGAUCCAGGCCGGUGACUCUGAGUGGAGACGAGCACCCAGGUCCCAGGAUCCAGUCCCACUCGACUCGCCGCCAUGGCUUAACACCCUGCCUUCUCACUUGAAAGCCCCACCCCUUCCUCCCUCCCCUCCCGACCCACCGCCUCCCCCCUCCCCGUCUUCCUCAUCUUCCUCGUCUUCUCCUAGUUCCAGUGUUCCUUACAGAGAGAUGAGUCUGAAUCAUCACCAGACCCAGGACUCGGAGCGGGACCUUCCCUCCUCCUCCUCCGUCAGAAAGACACCCAAAAAGCGGGGCAUCUCGCUCCGUUCGAUUUUCCGAAGACGCCGUUUGGACACGAAGUCUCGCAAAUCACGAGCGUUGGCCAGCGGCGUGGAUGGCAUCGCUAGCGUCGAGAACGUGGUCCAGUCGGAAAUGCAGCAGCAGCAGCAGCAGCAGCAGGAAGUAGCGUCCACGUCAUCCUCCGCCUCCUCCACGUCUUCAGAGUUCCUGGAAUGUCCCCUCUGCCUGCUGCGCCACGCCCGAGACCGCUUCCCUGACAUCAUGACGUGUCACCAUCGCUCGUGUGCCGACUGUCUGAGGCAGUACCUGCGCAUCGAGAUCUCCGAGAGCCGCGUGAACAUCAGCUGCCCCGAGUGCUCCGAGCGCUUCAACCCCCACGACAUCCGCAUGAUCCUCGGAGACCGAGCCCUCAUGGAGAAGUACGAGGAGUUCAUGCUCCGCAGGUGGCUCGCUGCUGACCCCGACUGCCGCUGGUGCCCCGCCCCCGACUGCGGGUACGCGGUGAUCGCGUUCGGCUGUGCGAGCUGUCCGAAGAUCACGUGCGGGCGCGAGGGAUGUGGGACGGAGUUCUGUUAUCACUGUAAACAGCUGUGGCACCCCAACCAAACGUGUGACGCGGCCAGACAGCAACGAGCUCAGAGUCUGAGACUGAGACCCUUCAGAUCCUCCUCACUGAGCUACAGCCAGGAGAGCGGCGCUGCGGCAGACGAUAUAAAGCCCUGCCCACGCUGUGCUGCUUACAUCGUCAAGAUGAACGACGGGAGCUGCAAUCACAUGACCUGCGCUGUGUGCGGCUGCGAGUUCUGCUGGCUCUGCAUGAAGGAGAUCUCCGACCUGCACUACUUAAGUCCUUCAGGCUGUACGUUUUGGGGUAAGAAGCCGUGGAGCCGGAAGAAGAAGAUCCUGUGGCAGUUGGGGACGCUGGUUGGCGCGCCCAUCGGCAUCGCGCUGAUCGCCGGCAUCGCCGUCCCUGCUAUGAUCAUCGGGAUUCCGGUGUACGUGGGCAGGAAGAUCCACAGCCGCUACGAAGGAAAGGAGAUCUCCAAGCACAAGAGGAACCUGGUGAUCGCCGGCGGAGUCACGCUGUCCGUCAUCGUCUCGCCGGUGGUGGCCGCCGUAACCGUCGGUAUCGGAGUGCCCAUCAUGCUGGCGUACGUGUACGGCGUGGUUCCGAUCUCUCUGUGCCGCAGUGGAGGGUGUGGCGUGUCGGCGGGGAACGGGAAAGGAGUGCGCAUAGAAUUUGACGACGAAAACGACAUGAACGUGGGAGGAGGUGCAGCGGCGACCGACUCUACGUCGGUGGCGGAGACGAGGCAGAACGCGAGUAUCGGAGGCAGCGUCGGCGGUCUGACGGGCAGCCUGAGUGCCAGCGGGAGUCACAUGGAGCGAAUCGGAGCCAUGAGGGACAACGUGAGCGAAAAUGCCAGCACCAUGGCGCUCACAGGAAGUCUGUCAGGCAGCACCGUGGGCCACUGCUUCAACAGGCUGGAGGUUCAGGCAGAUGUACAGAAGGAGCGCUGCAGUCUGAGUGGAGAGUCCGGCACGGUCAGUCUGGGGACAGUCAGUGACAACGCAAGCACCAAAGCCAUGGCUGGAUCCAUCCUCAACGCCUACAUACCUCAGGACAGAGAGGGCAGCAGUAUGGAGGUGCAGGUGGAUGUGGAGUCCAAAUUGGGGAAGCUUCGACACCACAGCGGCAGCAGCAGCAUGGAGGAGGGCAGCACCGGGGGCCGCGGCAUCUGCCCCUCGACCUGUCCCCAUGAGGGCAAAUACGCCUCAGGGAAGAAGAGCAAAGGCAAGAUGCGCAAGAAGACGGGCAGCACCAAGAUCAACGAGACACGGGAGGACAUGGACGCACAGCUGCUGGAGCAGCGCAGCACCAACUCGAGCGAGUUCGACUCUCCGUCUCUGAGCGGCAGUCUGCCCUCCGUCGCCGACUCGCACUGCAGCCACUUCUCCGAGUUCAGCUGCUCCGACCUGGACGGCUCCCGACCCCCCAACGCCAUCAGCCCUCUCCCCGAGGUGGAGAACGACCGGCUGGAGAACGGCCCCGCCACCCGGCCGCUCUGCUCCGCCCCUCUCAGCCCGGAGAGCUCUCCCAAAGAACGCAAUAACAACGUGGCUCCUCAGCAGAGCCCCCCGGCGCGUAACAUCUGUAUUCAAACUGAGAUUUAGCGCUUGAGCUAACCCGACGCUAGCUUUCCAUCCUAAUCUGAGGUUGCGCGCGCACACACACACACACACACACACACACACACACACACAAUUCAUAAGUAUGAUGAUUUAAAAAAAAAAAAAAAAAAAAAAAAAAACGAAACACGAUUGAAGAAGUCUUCACUUUGUCAUGUUCAGGUGAUGAUGACAGGAAGUGACUGCGAGGUUGAAACAAAUAGGUUUGACAGGCUGUUACAGCAGGUGACUGACAGGUGCGGAUGUGAUGUUGGUGAUGAUGACGAUGAUGUAGCUGUCGAUCACAUUAAUGCCUCUAUUUCCGCCGUGACGAGGGUUCGCGUCCGAGCCUCGCGAGCGUGUGCCGAUAUUCAGUCUCCGUAUCAGGACCACGCCCACUGACCCGAAUUUACAUCCGUCAGUUCAUUUCCUUUUAAACUGCUUUCUCUCACGUACACGCACGAGUAGCUACUUCAGUUAUACAGUGGUUGCUGUGGUUAUGUCUCUGGAUUUCACGCUGUUCUCGUGUCCAAGAAGGUAUUAUUUAUGAUCGUCGUUAUGGUUACGUAGUAACAGAAAGUGUUCCCGUUGAACUUUUGACCAGAUCUGCGUCCCCCGUGUGUAUUAAAAAAAACUCCACGUAUUAACGCUCGCUGUCCGAUGGAGCGUCGAGUCUGAGGUGGAAACAUAAGAACCUGUUUAAUUCUGUUCUUCUGGUUAACGUUAAUACGACGCUCUUUAGACAGGCCGGUUCCUCAAGGGUUCCUCAAGGGUUCCUCAAGGGUUCCUCAGGAGUUCCUCCUGAUGCUUUAUGAUGUGGAAACAAACCAAAUAAAUUUUUUUUUUAAAUUCCCUCUCGCUUUCUCUACUACUCAUUCGAGUCCAAUAUCAAUAUUGUGCGUGUUAAAUUUAUCAUGAUGUAUCACUGAUUAUCGGCACACACACACACACACACACACACACACACACGCUGAGUUCUACAGGCCCGGUUCUAUCUGUGGUUGGAGGCUUUUUUUUGUUUUUGGUUGUAAUUUGUAACUUCAUUUGAGCUGUGUACGAGAUGUUGUGGAGAUGUUCCUGAGAUGUUGUGGAGAUGUUCUGACGUUUCCUCAGAGGGACCAGCAGGAGGUUGAGCAGAUUGUUGUCGGGUUGUUUUUUUUUCCUGUUGCAGUAAUUAUUAUUGUAAAUGAUGAUAAAUAUUUUCCUUUUGUCAUUGAAGGUAUGGCUCUUUUUUUUGUUUCAUGUUUUCUCUUUUAUUUUCCAUUUUGGGAAAGCUCGUUAUGUGUCGAAGCCCUGUGUGGGGUAUAACCUUACAACCCAAACCCGCCUGAGAUCAGAACCGGACCGAGCGAUGACAGAAACUGACAUCAGAGAUGAUCUGAUCAGAGAGAGUGUGUGUGUGUGGAGGGAUAUGCUAAUGUGUGUUGCUGUAUCGCUCGGUCCUCGUGUUCGUUCAUUUGCUAAACAUUGAUUUGGUUGAUUAAACUUUUUACAGCUUGAAGGCUAUGAUGGAAAACACACACACACACACACACACACACACACACGUUCAGGUCGGACACGAUUAAUACGUGAUUCUGGGUUUGUACCCGUGUGGACUUGUGCCUUUUGGAUUUCAGAAACAAGCUGUGUUGAGUUUCUCGUUCCUCCGUUCUGUCUUUCAGAAUUAAAAAAAUAAAAAGAAUCAAACCCAGCUCAAGUGCA